GGGGAGCCUGCGGCAGGUGCGGCACCGCGGCCGACGGAGGGGCGACGUGUGGCCGCCGGCAGUUUUAUCUCAGGACCUUGAGAAUAAAAUACACAUGGCACAGAUCGUAACAUUUUUUCAGAUGCUGUUAGUUCUGCUACUUCAUGAUUACAUCUCAGCUGAAGUUGGGGAAACAAGAGCAAGUUGCAGAACUGCUCCAGCGGAUUUAGUUUUUAUCUUAGAUGGCUCUUACAGUGUUGGCCCAGAAAACUUUGAAAUAAUCAAAAGUUGGCUUGUCAAUAUUACAAGAAAUUUUGACAUAGGGCCAAAGUUUAUUCAAGUUGGAGUUGUCCAGUACAGUGAUUACCCUGUACUUGAAAUUCCCCUUGGAACUCAUGAAUCCACUGAGAACCUCAUCAGGGAAAUGGAGUCCAUACACUAUCUGGGAGGAAAUACAAGAACAGGAAGAGCUAUUCAGUUUGCUUAUGACCAUCUUUUUGCAAAAUCUUCAAGAUUUUUAACAAAAAUAGCGGUUGUUCUCACUGAUGGAAAGUCCCAAGAUGAAGUCAAAGAUGUAGCAGCAGAAGCAAGGAAAAAUAAAAUCACUUUGUUUGCUAUUGGUGUUGGCUCAGAAAUUGAAGAGGAUGAACUUAAAGCUAUUGCCAACAAACCUUCAUCAACUUACGUAUUUUAUGUUGAAGAUUAUAUUGCAAUAUCAAGAAUUAAAGAAGUUAUAAAACAGAAACUCUGUGAAGAAUCUGUUUGUCCAACAAGAAUUCCAGUGGCAGCUCGAGAUGAAAAAGGAUUUGACAUUCUUGUAGGAUUAGGUGUGAAGAAAAAGGUUAAAAAGAGAAUUCAAAUACCAACAACUAAUGCAAAAGCUUAUGAAGUAACACCACGUGUUGACCUCUCAGAAUUGACCAGGAACGUGUUUCCAGAAGGUCUUCCUCCAUCUUAUGUGUUUGUUUCCACUCAGAGAUUUAAAGUAAAAAAGACAUGGGAUUUGUGGAGAAUUUUGAGUCUGGAUAAGAGACCACAGAUAUCAGUCACUAUUAACGGAGAAGAGAAAACACUAUCAUUCACUACAACAAGUUUAAUAAAUGGCACCCAAGUUCUUACUUUUGCUGCACCUCAUGUAAAGAUUUUGUUUGAUGAAGGCUGGCAUCAAAUUCGUCUUUUAGUAACAGAAGACUCUGUAACUUUGUUGAUAGAUGGCCAAGAAAUUGAAACUAAGCCAUUGCAUCCCGUUUUAGGUAUUUACAUCAGUGGCCUAACCCAAAUAGGAAAGUAUUCUGGAAAGGAGGAAACAGUACAGUUUGAUAUACAAAAACUGCGAAUCUACUGUGACCCAGAGCAAAAUAAUAGAGAAACAGUCUGUGAGAUCCCAGGAUUUAAUGGAGAGUGCAUGAAUGGUCCUAGUGAUGUAGGCUCAACACCUGCCCCCUGCAUAUGCCCACCAGGAAAGCAAGGACCUCCAGGCCCCAAAGGUGACCCUGGGCAGCCUGGAAAUCAUGGUUACCCUGGUCAGCCUGGUCCAGAUGGUAAGCCUGGAUAUCAGGGAUCAGCAGGAACUCCAGGUAUCCCAGGAACUCCAGGGAUUCAGGGACCUCGUGGCUUACCAGGUAUCAAGGGAGAGCCAGGACAAGAUGGGGCAAAGGGUGACAGUGGACUACCUGGUUUUCCUGGAUUACAUGGGAUGCCAGCACCAAAGGGAGAAAGGGGUCCUAAAGGAGAUCAAGGAGAGCCGGGAAUAUAUGGAAAAAAGGGUUCAAAAGGAGAGAAGGGUGAUACGGGGUUUCCAGGAAUGCCUGGCCGAUCAGGAGACCCUGGCAAAGAUGGGAAAGAUGGAUUACCGGGAAGUCCUGGUUUCAAGGGUGAAGUUGGACAGCCUGGAUCUCCAGGCCUAGAAGGACAUCGUGGAGAGCCUGGAAUUCCUGGUAUCCCUGGAAAUCAAGGACUCAAAGGACAAAAGGGUGAAAUUGGACCACCAGGUCAACCAGGAGCAAAAGGGUCACCAGGAGAUACUGGUUUGAUGGGACCAGAAGGCUCACUUGGUCUGCCUGGAGCUCCUGGGCCUAAGGGUGAUAAAGGCGAACCAGGAAUUCAGGGGAAACCAGGAUCGUCAGGAGCCAAGGGAGAACUAGGAGUACCAGGUGCUCCAGGUGAACCAGGCUACCCAGGCAUUCCUGGUACCCCAGGCAUAAAGGGGGACAAAGGAAACCAGGGUGACAGCGGUAUCCAGGGACUGAAAGGAGAAAAAGGAAGACAAGGAAAUCCAGGCUUACAGGGAGUAGAAGGACUGAAUGGAGAACGAGGAGAGAAAGGUGAGAAAGGAGAUCCAGGCAUUCAAGGCAUCAGUGGACAAAAAGGAGAAUCUGGUGUCCAGGGUUUGGUUGGACCUCCUGGUCUCAGAGGUCAGCCAGGAGAUCGAGGACCCCCAGGACCACCUGGAUCAGAUGGAAAACCUGCACGAGAAUUUUCAGAAGAAUUUAUUCGACAGGUGUGUUCAGAUGUACUGAGAACCCAGUUGCCUGCCAUCCUGCAGAGUAGAAGACUACAAAGCUGUAACCAUUGUCAGUCUCAAAGUGCUCCCCCAGGACUUCCAGGACCACCAGGUCCAAGAGGCCCUGAAGGACCAAGAGGGUUUCCUGGUUUACCAGGGAAUGAUGGCAUUCCAGGGCUGAUGGGCAUCCCAGGUCGCCCUGGGGCUCGUGGGACAAGAGGACUGCCAGGGAAAAACGGUGCAAAAGGCAAUCAAGGAAUUGGGGUUCCUGGGAUCCAAGGCCCCCCAGGACCUCCAGGUCCUGAAGGUCCGCCAGGUAUGAGUAAGGAAGGACGUCCUGGAGAGCGUGGGCAGCCUGGUAAAGAUGGAGAUCGUGGUACUCCGGGAAUGCCUGGACCAGUUGGACCCCCUGGAAUUUGUGAUCCAUCACUAUGUUUUAGUGUAAUUGUGGGGAGAGAUCCAUUCAGAAAAGGACCAAAUUAUUAAUUUGUGAUAUGAUAAUUUAGAAGAAUAGGUAUGGUGCUUGUCUUUUAUGGUCUUUCAAAUCUCAGGAAGGUGACCAGCAAUAAUCCAAUAAGCAGGAACAAAAGUACCUCUGACAUUAUAAAUAUUAUAAACAUUAUAAAUAACGAACCCAAAGGUUAUACAUUCCUUUAGACAAGAAACUCCAAAACCCCAAUGACUUUUUUUAUACCUUGCACUGGUUGAAUAUCAUCUGUUUUGAAAGAGUUUUAAUAGGAAUUAACUAUAAUAUUUGAUAUUUAGUAUUUAAGUGUCCUAUAAUUCUCCUUUUACCACUGAAAUCCUUUGCAAAAUUGCUGGAAACACCACUGGGAGCAGGAUUAGGUCUUAAAUGGCAUUGGUCAGGUAUAAGUUACUGUGAAAUUUUUCACAUGCAGCCAGCAUACACAGUAUUUGAUUUGGAAAGAAUGUGGCUGGCUUUGACUUCAUAUGUGUGUGAAUUUCACUGGCUUGUGUACAUUUCAUAUGUCAUAGCUCCAGAUGUUCUGUGAGCGAAAGCCUAUAUCAGAUUCUUAUAAAUUAAGAUAAAUAUCUGGAUAAUCAUGGAAGAAAUAUCACCUAUUUUGCCAUGCAACUGUGCUUAAAACUGAGGUGAAAUGCAAGGGUAGAACUAUUCGUUCAAGGGUCAAGGUUUUAUUGAAGAUGGUACUGUCAGCCACUUAAGAUUUAAAGGUUCCAUGUGGGUGAUUCAACUUACAUGAAAAUAGCAUUAAAAAUAAAAAAAGAAUGAAAGACUGAUACAGCUGGCUAUGAUACAGUAGCUGUGAUUUGACAAAAUUAAAGAUUAAAAAAUGUUUGCACAACCCCAAUGUAACAGUUCUGUGUAAUGGAGUAUUAAGUUAUAUACCCUUUGCUGUUUCUCCUCAAGGACUGCAUUGCCAAAUUGAAGAAGCAGGUUUACAAGGAGAAAGGUCUAGCUGGUGGCUGACCAGCUGCAAUGUUUGUUAUGCUGUUUCCUUUUUCAUUUUAAACAAGCUGUGUGUAAUUUUCAUUGUAAGCUUUGCUAAUGAGUUGUAUUGCUUGCUUUUACAUAAAGAGCAAAGCCACAGUUCCUAUGACAAUUUAAAAUCCAUUUCUUAAAUUAAGGCAGAAUCUUGUAUUGAACUUAACUGAUGCUUCAUAAGUGACUUCUCUAAUGGAUUGUUUUUCUGUUGUCCUACUGUCAGAGAGUGGUAAUAUGCUUGACAUUCAAGGUAAAAUAAAAUUUUGUAAAGAACUGGUGAUAGUUUGAUGAGCAAUUGCAAGAGUUGCCUUUCUCCUGUGUUGCAGAGCAGAGUGAUGUCUGUAAUACAUGGAGGGGUGGUUCCA